AUGCGAACAUUUGACGUUGGAUUGGUUUCCUCCUGUUUGGGUACUCACAAGCUUUCAAGUGGAAUUAUCACGGGAAGAACUCACCACCAUUGGGGAGGCUCUGACACGGCACAGGGAACGCUCUUUUCCGUCCUCAAAGCUUACCUGGGUCUACCAAUCUACCAAUGCCGUCAAGUUUACGGUAACAACGUUACAACCAACGUCAUGUCGGGAGAUCAUAAUGUUCCCGAUCCACACAUUGUUACAGAAACCUAUCAUCUUGAUGAUUAUGACAAAGAUUCCACUCUUGCUACCAGCAACUCUACUUGCCGCUUUCUAGUUCAAACUACAGCCAAUGACAACCACGACCGUCGCCAUCGAGGUCUCUUUCUCGACAUGGCCAAUGGAAGACGGUGGGUGCACCUAAAUGCACAAGACAAGAACAUUCUCAACAUGUUUAGUUACACCUGUGCCUUUUCGGGUGCCGCUCUCCAGGGUGGCGCCCGACAAGUUGUCAAUAUUGACAUGGCAUUGGGAGCCAUCAAAAUGGGGCAACGCAAUCAUGAACUGCUCCCACGCAACGUGGAGGGUGUGGCCAGAUUCCUCAAUCAUGACAUUUGGAAGAGUUGGGGCAAGCUACGAAAGUUGGGGCCUUACGAUAUCAUUGUGGUGGAUCCACCUUCCUAUCAAAAGGGAAGCUUUGUGGCCAAGAAGGACUAUCCCAAGUUGAUUCGGAGGUUGCCAGAUUUGUUGGCGCCCCCUUCGUCGCCAGAGCAAGUCAGCAGAACAAGCCAAGUCCUACUUUGUCUGAAUGCCCCCGAGUUGGGGAUGUCUUUUCUACAAGAAGCAGUGGCUGAAGCAGCACCUCAGCUACAAUUUGUCAAACAAAUAGAGAACCCGUUGUCUUUUCCGGCUAUUGACCCAGAAAGAGCUCUCAAGGUGCUGCUGUACGAGUUGCGACAAUAG